GCCGAAAGGAGCUGGUCAGCUGCAGUUGCCCUGGAGAAAAGCUGAGAACAUGGACACCGAAAAGGAUAAAAACGAACUGGAAAUGGAUAGCGUUAAUACCAUCAUUGAGCUGUCUGAAAAGGACAAGGCCAGGAAGCAGUUACCCUGGUACUAUGCACCAAGCUAUCUGCUCAUCUGGGUUGCACUUUUCUUUGCCGUGGUUUUUCCGCUCUUCAAAUAUUUGCCCACAGCCGUGAAGAUUGAGGAGGAAGUCAGCAAGCCGGGUCAGUUUGUGGCGGAGCGUGCUCAAAAGAUUCUAUUGGAGCUGGAUAGACUGGGACCCAAGAUUGUUGGCGAUGAAAUGAAUGAGAAGACAAUGGUGCAAUUUAUGCUCAAAGAAAUUGAAGCGGUUCGUGGAGUAAUGCGCAAUGAUUUGUAUGCGAUGGAAGUGGAUGUGCAACGGGCAUCGGGUGCUUAUUUGCAUUGGGAGAUGAUCAACAUGUAUCAGGCUGUCCAGAAUGUGAUUGUCAAGCUGAGCACGAGGAGUUCCAAUAGCACAUCCUAUCUGCUAAUCAACAGUCACUACGAUACCAAGCCAGGAAGUGUGGGUACCGGAGAUGCUGGUUUCAUGGUGGUAGCCAUGUUGGAAACGUUGCGCAUAUUGGCCACAAAUGAGGAAACUUUCCAGCAUCCGGUUGUCUUUCUAUUCAAUGGUGCCGAGGAACAACCGCUUCAGGGUUCCCAUGCCUUUAUUUCACAGCACAAAUGGUCUCCCAACUGCAAGGCACUGAUCAAUCUGGACUCCUGUGGCGCUGGUGGCCGUGAGAUUCUCUUUCAAGGCGGUCCAAAUCAUCCCUGGUUAAUGCGACAUUACAAGGAAGCCGCCAAACAUCCAUUUGCAACAACAAUGGCUGAGGAAGUAUUUCAGGCGGGCAUUAUUCCAUCCGAUACGGACUUUAGAAUCUUUCGUGACUUUGGUCCUGUGCCUGGUCUGGACAUGGCGGGAGUGUACAAUGGUUUUGUCUACCACACAAAGUAUGAUCGCUUCGAUGUUAUAUCGCGAGAUUCGAUUCAAAAUACUGGAGAGAAUUUGCUAUCUCUCGUACGUAGUAUCUGCAAUGCUGAGGAAAUGUACGAUACUGAGGCACACUCCGAGGGUCAUUCAGUGUUUUUUGAUUUCCUGGGUCUGUUCUUUGUCUACUAUUUGGAAUCCACGGGAAUUGCAUUAAACAUUUGCUUUGCUUUUGGUGGACUGAUCCUGGUUUGUGUCUCCCUCUGGCGGAUGACUAAGACAACAGAUCUUAGUGUUGGCUCCGUUGCUGGAGCCUUUGGAAUCUUAUUCCUCUUGGAGCUGGCUGGAUUUUUGCUGGCACUGGGAUUGCCGCUGCUUAUGUCGGUCUUUUAUGAUGCCGGCGAUCGCACUUUGACCUACCUCACCAACAGUUGGCUUGUGAUUGGACUCUUUAUUUGCCCAUCGCUCAUCGGAUUGGUUCUGCCGUUUACACUCUACUACACAUUAAGACCUAGCCAAAAGAUACCACACACCUAUCACCUGCAAAUGGCUGGACAUGCCCACUGUGUACUACUUGCUAUAUUAUGCAUAAUCCUAACAGCAGCCAGUAUUCGCAGUGCUUAUCUGUGCAUGAUCUCCCUGCUCUUCUAUGUGGGUUCCCUGAUCCUCAAUUUGCUGACCAAGUUGCAUGAUCGCGGCUACUAUUGGUCCCUACUGAUGUGUGUGUGCCAGGCAAUGCCCUUCCUCUACUUCAGCUACAUGUUCCACGCUUUCCUUGUCAUUACCAUUCCAAUGACAGCACGUAAGGGCACUGAGGUUAAUCCGGACAUGCUUAUAUCACUCAUGUGCGCAUUGGGCACAAUACUUUCCAUGGGUUUUGUGGCCCCACUUAUAAAUAUUUUCCGAAAACCAAACUGCAUGAUUGGCGGCCUGGCAUUAAUAACCUUUAUAUUCUGCAUGAUAUCGGUGUCGGAAGUGGGUUUCCCUUAUCGUCCUAAAACAAAUGUGAUGCGGGUUAACUUUCUGCAAGUGCAUCGGCGAUUUUUUGAAUACGACGGUUCGCUUAGCUUGGACGAUUCCGGCUACUACUUUGACUUACAGGAUCGUCGUUUGGAGCAGCCGUUGCGUGACACGAUGGACUUUAGUGAAAUCAUUAGCCUGGAGAACGUGUGCGAUUCCCAAAUGAUGUGUGGUGUUCCCUGCUUCAAUCAUCGCUGGUGCGAAGCCCGUAAAGCAGCACGUUGGCUGCCUCGAAAGGAAACCGUUCAGGUGCCCGGCACUACAAUUCUAGAGUUCCUCAACAAGACGAUACUGGAUGAUGGCUACAAAGUGCGAUAUCACUUCAAAUUAACGGGACCUGCUCGUAUGAGUAUCUUCCUGAAACCCUUAGAUGGCGUAAAGAUGCUAGACUGGUCAUUUUUGCGGGGAAUGCUGGAUAAGCCGGGUACUUUCAAGCCACCUUAUCACAUCUUUUUUGCCUGGGGCAUUGACGACUCUCCCAUCGAUUUUUAUCUGGAGUUGGUGAAGACAAAUGGCAACAUCAAUGAGCCAAUGUUUGAAAUUGGCAUAUCUGGCCACUAUCUUAGCCAAGUCCACAAGAGGGAUGCGAUAAGUGAACAGUUUAUAGCCGAUUUGCCAGAUUUUGUGCAUGCUAUGGAAUGGCCAGCUUCCUAUGAUCGCUAUAUAUAUUAACGCUUAUAAUUCAGAAUGAUAGAAUGUUAAGAAUAAACACAUUUGUGUAUGUAAACCUAUAGAAAUAGUAAAUACAUUACAACUCAACUGUUUA